AUGGGGGUGGAGGCGAGAGCUCUGGGGUGUCCUCGGCGCCCCGACCUGCGCUGCGCCGACGCGCCCGAUUGCGCCGCCCUGGAGCAACCCGUUCUGCCGGCGGCGCUCUGCGCCGAGCGCCGGCGCCCCCUGGCGCCGGAACGCGAGCGCCAGGCCGCGGGGAAGGCGAGCCGGGAAUAUGGCCCCCCGAUGGCGGUCGGCGCGGUCGGGCUUGGGCAAGGUCCAAUCGGCGGCCAGCGGCGCAAGUGGCCCGCGAAAGCCGCGCGCCGGCCUUCCAUCGGGGGGCUGCGGCUUGCCGGCUGGGCGGCUGGGCCAGUCUUGGACGUGUUCGGCGGUGGCGCGCGCGCUGCUGGCGCGCCCCGCCACUUCCCGCCUUUCGCGAUGGCCAGGGACUGCAACUUCUGCCACUUCCCCCACGGCGAGGAGAAGUUCGCCCAGAUGGAGGCCCUGAGCACCAAGGCGCGUGGCUCGGACAGGAACCAGGCCGGGGGGCGCAGGCCGCGCACGGUCGCGGGGCCGAGAGGGGGCGGCUCUGGCCAGCGGCUCGCCCUGUGCGACCACCUCGACCUGGUGGGCUCCUGGGCGGGCUGCCAGCCGCGCGCGGGCGGCGUGGCGUGCGGCGGGGGCAAGCUCGCCGAGGCGGGCGCCCUGGGCCACGCCCUCGGCCCCGAUCGCGGAGCUGCGUGGCAGGCCCUCGGCGCCGAGCAGCUCAAGGCGAUCCUCCUGAGCGCGCAGCCCGAGCAUUACGACGACUGA